AGCCCGACUCGGCGGCGUUGGCCGCUCCCGCUCCCCCCGCCCGGGCUCUUUGUCGGCGGGUGCCGGUGGGGGCCCGCAGCGCCAUGUCCUCCCCCAAGAACGGCUUCUACCGGCAGGAGAUCACUAAGACCCUCUGGGAAGUGCGAGACCGCUACCGGGACCUGCAGCCGGUGGGGUCGGGCGCCUACGGAGCCGUCUGCUCAGCCGUCGAUGGAAGAAGUGGUACUAAAGUGGCCAUCAAGAAAUUGUACCGCCCGUUUCAGUCUGAACUCUUUGCCAAGCGAGCUUACCGAGAACUGCGUCUCUUGAAACACAUGAAGCACGAAAACGUCAUUGGAAUAUUGGAUGUGUUCACACCAGAUGUAACACUGGAGAAAUUUAAUGACUUCUACCUCGUCAUGCCAUUUAUGGGAACAGACUUGAGUAAGAUAAUGAAGCAUGAGAAACUAACUGAAGACCGAAUCCAGUUCCUAGUAUAUCAGAUGCUGAAAGGCUUAAAGUAUAUUCACUCAUCAGGCAUAAUUCACAGGGAUCUAAAGCCUGGAAACUUGGCAGUAAAUGAAGACUGUGAAUUGAAGAUUCUGGAUUUUGGAUUGGCAAGGCAUACAGACAGUGAGAUGACUGGUUAUGUGGUUACAAGGUGGUACAGAGCUCCAGAGGUCAUACUUAACUGGAUGCAUUAUACUCAAACAGUUGACAUCUGGUCUGUGGGCUGUAUAAUGGCUGAGAUGAUAACAGGGAGGCCUCUGUUCAAAGGAAAUGAUCAUCUGGACCAACUCACAGAAAUAAUGAAAAUAACAGGUACACCAACUCAAGAUUUUGUUCAAAAAUUGCACAGUCAAGAUGCAAAAAACUAUAUCAAAAGCCUCCCAAAAGUCCAGAAGAAGGAUUUUGCGUCCAUCUUGAAGUAUGCAAAUCCUUUGGCUGUAAACCUUUUGGAGAAAAUGCUGGUGCUGGAUGCAGAGAAGCGAAUCACAGCAGCUGAGGCUUUGAUGCAUCCUUAUUUUGAACCAAUUCAUGAUCCUGAAGAAGAAAUUGAAGCUGAGAAAUACGACGACACAUUUGAUAACAUGGAUCUUCCGCUAGAUGAGUGGAAGCGUAUUACACAUAAAGAGAUACUGAACUUCAAGCCACCACAGACAUCAGACUCAAAGGAGACAGCAGUGUAAUUGUAUGACUCAAUCUUUUCAAAGCUCUGAAGAAAGCAGGAAAGUUGUAAAUGUUUCUGACAUUUCAGGUGUAUAAAACUUUAUAAAUAAACUGUACGUAAUCUGUUUCAUCUACACUGUAAGAAAGAGCACUGUUUUUUACUCUGCAUAUGGAAGUCAGUGCCUUUGGGAGUAGCAUUUCAAAAAUAUCGAGAAACUUAUUCCUGCCUACAACUUCUUCCUUCUGCACAUAAGGAUUCAGACUGCAGUAAGCUCAGUGCUGUCCUCAAAAGAGCAGGUGGGACUAAUUCUUCAACUCAGAGACCACAAGAGCACAAGUUAUCCCCCCAAGCAACCUAAGACCCAGAGUGUGUCAGAGAUGUGCUGUGAUUGCUCUCCAAGGGCACUGAACCAUCUUAAAUGCAAGAAGUAUUCAUGUGAUUUCCUCUGGAAUAUUUCACUCUGUUAAGAAGCCUGGGAAUGCUAAUCAUCUUCUGCUACCUCAGCAACUGCAGCAACUGCAAUGGGUAGCAGAGACACAGCCCAAAUGAAUGCCUGUGUCCCCUGUCCUAUGUGAGUGGAAGAGAACCUGAUCUCCAGACAGAUCUGGGCAAGAGGCA